AUGUUCCUCGCGGACGCCGUCGAGGCUAAAGACUUGCCUGGUCUCGCUGAGAGAAUGCGCGAACGUCUGCGAACGAUGAAAGAAAACUAUCACGACAUCACGUCUUACGAAGGUUUGCGUCAGCGUAAAAAAGGGGCGCUCAAGGCGGCAAAAAAGAUGGAUUUGUUGCGCGCCGCGUUCAACGUCGACGAGGCGCCGAAGGACGCGUGCCCGAUGCCGACACACAAGAGCGAUAAGCCGCUGAAGAGAAAACGAGAGUAUCGUAUUUUGGGGACGAAAAUGCUGUGCGCGGGUGUGUGUUUUCUCGUGCUUCUGAUGAUUCCGUUCUUAGUGACGCAGUACGAAGAACACGAGCACCACACCGGUUGCGAUUCGAUAAGCCAGGGUAUGAUUAAGCUCGACCACGCGAGCUCGGGACAACUCGAAGUGAACUUGUUGGUUGGUCCGUGCACGUACAACGCGAGUGAUUUUCAUAUGUCUUACAACAUCUAUCAAUCGUACAACCACCAUACGUACCAAUUGGGAGCGCUUGGCAAACCGUUGACGACGCCGCAUUGGAGUGCGGCGUCCAGUGGGCAUCGGCGUAAACUUCUCGGUGGUGGCGGCGCCGGUGUCAGCAAGCACGUCAAAGCAAGUUUUGAGAC